GGCUUUGUGGAGGUGGGGACAGAGAGGGAGAUGGCAGCCACCAGUCACCAGCCCCUCUCUCCAGGGCCCUUUCCCCCUGUGCUUUGGGCAGGUUUGCACAUUGAAGAAGGAGAAGAAGGAUGAUAUGCGUCGGGUAGAGAAGCUGGAGAGGAGCUUGUCCAAACUCAAGAACCGGAUGGCUGAACCCCAGCCCCCGGAGCCCCCAGCUGUGCCCCCUGAGGAGGAGCUGCAGCACCUGAGGAAGAAACUAGAGAGGGUGUCAGCAGAGCUCCAGGCCCACGUGGAAAACCAUCAACACAACAACGAGAACAAGAGCGCACUGCAGUUGGAGCAGCAAGUGGAGGAGCUACAGGAGAAGCUGGAUGAGGAGCACCUGGAGGCUGCCAGGCAGCAGAAUCAGCAGCUAACGGCCCAGCUGCGCCUCACGGCUCUCCCUGGGGAAGGAGAUGGAGGAGAACAUCUGGACAGUGAGGAGGAGGAGGGACCUCGGCCCAUGCCGAGCGUCCCAGAGGACCUGGAGAGCUGGGAGGCCAUGGUGAGCCUGACUCCCCCCGCACCCAUUUUACCACCUUCCUCUGUGGUCCCUGCAAGACCCCUUUAUGCUCUUACUUUCCCUGCCUUCUGAUUUCUCUGCGCCCUCAUCCCUUCCGGGAGCCAGUGGUCAGACCCCAUUUCCCCUGUGACCAACAGGUGCACACUCUGAGGCCCCAAGGAAAGGGGCUGUGCUCCACCUCUCUGCCCCAUUUGUUCUGUGU